AUGGAAAUGAAUUCUUUUGUAUUGCUUUGUUGCCUCCUUAUUCUACCCAUCUCUCUUCUGAAUAAUACUCCAUUCUCCCAUGGAGUUGAAACAAUUUCUGGAAACAAAUAUAUAACUCAGGCUACAACUAUAUCCUCUCCCAAUGGAAGAUUUGAGUUGGGUUUCUUCACACCAGGUCAAUCUUCCAAGUAUUACAUCGGUAUUUGGUACAAAAACAUCUCCCCUCAAACAGUAGUUUGGGUAGCAAAUAGGGUGACCCCAAUCCCCUCCUCCGCAAUCAAAUCCUCAAAACUGAGAGUCCUAGACGGCGACUUGGUGCUUGUAGACGGGGCACAAAACUUGUUGUGGUCAACCAAUCUCAGCGUCACCACGGCGAAACAAAACUCUGUGAUAGCAACUCUUGGAGACAGUGGAAACUUGGUUUUGAGCGAGGAUGGCAUGAAUUCAACAACCCCACUUUGGCAAAGCUUUGACCACCCGACACACACGUUUCUGCCCGGUGCCAAGUUCGGAUAUAACAAGCGCACCAAAACAACAUAUGGGUUCACGUCGUGGAAAAGUUGGGACGAUCCGGCACCCGGGCUAUAUAGUCAUCUUGUCAACAAUGGCGACAUGGGAGUUUUAUGGUGGAACCGCACAGAGGAAUACGAGAGAAGACCCAAAUUCGGAGCAGGCAAUUUGAAGCCCAAUCCUGCGUCCUUCAACUUCACUAUUGUGGACAACGAAAACGAGACUUACUUCACUUACUAUUUGCUACAGCCCUCCGUCUUAGGCAGAUUCAUAAUCGACGUAAAUGGGCAAGAUAAGUCACUAACGUGGUCUGAGGCUACCCAGGAGUGGAUGCCGACCUAUGUUACACCGCCACAAGAAUGCGACGUUUAUGCGUAUUGCGGCCCAUUCGGCAUCUGCAACCACAACUCUACCACCGUUUGUGUUUGCUUGCAAGGUUUCAAGUACAAGUCAGAAAGAGAAUGGAGAUUCAAUGAAUUCUCUGGUGGGUGUGUAAGGAACACCAGUUUGAAGUGUAGUGGAACUAAUAAUUACCAAGAAGAGGAUAUGGACGUGGACAGGUUCAUAAUGUAUCCAAACGUGAGAUUGCCAAGACAUCCUCAAAACAUCACAGCUGAGACCCAGGCAGAAUGUGAGUCUACAUGUCUCAAAAAUUGCUCUUGUACCGCCUAUGCUUAUAGCAAUAGCAGUAGUGGUUAUUGUUGGAUUUGGGUGGGACAACUUUUGAACCUCAAACAGUUGGGGGAAGAUGAUAUCAAUGGAAGCACAAUUUACAUCAGACUUGCUGCUACUGAAUUUUCAAAUAUCAAAGAUACAAACUCAAAGCAGUGGCUGGGGAAGCUCAAAGCGAUCAUAGCUAGUGUAGCAGUAGCUGCCGCAGCAGCUCUAGUUGCAUGCACUAUUUUCUGCGUCUGUUACAAAAGGAGAAGAGCCGCAUUUAAAAUAACAGAACUUGCAUUGGACGACGCAAUGGAUGGAACGAUAGAUAAAGAUACAGAUGAUGAGAACGGUAUUGGCGUACCGCUCAUCACUUUCCAAAGCAUAUUGGAAGCUACAAACAACUUUUCCGAAGCAAAUAAGCUAGGAGAAGGAGGCUUUGGUCCAGUUUAUAAGGGUAUGCUUUUCGGAGGGCAAGAAAUUGCAGUAAAGAGAUUAUCAAGUCAAUCUAGACAAGGUAUCAAAGAAUUUAAGAACAAAGUUGUAUUAAUUGCAAAGCUUCAACAUAGAAAUCUGGUUAAACUUUUAGGCUACUGCACACAAGCGGGGGAAAAGAUCUUACUAUACGAAUAUAUGCCAAAUAAGAGUUUAGACACAUUUAUAUUCGAUCAAACACGUCGCCUAUUGUUGGAUUGGAGCAAAAGGUUUGACAUCAUAUUGGGAAUUGCUCGAGGACUUGUAUACCUCCAUCAUGAUUCAAGAUUGAGAAUCAUCCAUAGAGACAUGAAAACAAAUAACAUUUUGUUAGAUGAAGAAAUGACACCUAAAAUUUCAGACUUUGGAUUAGCAAGAAUGAUAGUUGAAAAUACAUUUGAAGCGAAUACCAUAAAAAUUGCUGGGACCUACGGCUACAUGUCUCCUGAAUAUGCACUAAGUGGACUCUUCUCAAUUAAGUCCGAUGUAUUUAGCUUUGGAGUGAUUAUACUUGAGAUCAUUUGUGGAAAGAAAAACAAAGCGUUCUAUUGGCGUGAAGAAUUCUCAAAUCUUUUAGGCUAUGCAUGGAAAUUAUGGAAUGAAGGGAAUGCAAUGGAUUUAUUAGAUGACUCACUACUAGAAUGUUGUAAGGAAUGUGAAGUGCUGAAGUGCAUAAAUGUUGGAUUGUUAUGUGUUGAAGAAGAUCCAAAUUGUCGUCCUAACAUGGCUAAUGUUCUUCUAAUGUUGACGGAUGAAAGUAUGACUUUACCUAAACCAAAUCAACCAGCUUUUGUCACAAGAACUCAAAUUUGCAAUGACUCUUCUAUUAUUCAAUCUGAAAAAUCAUGUUCCAAUCAUAUGACUUUUUCAACACAAGAAGGUCGGUAGGGAUUAUGUAUAACAUUCACUCUAUUUGUAUACUUUGUUGUAGCAAUAGUUGUUUGAAAGAUAAUUUUAUUAUGUCUUCAAGAUUAA